AUGAUCCCUAAUAGGAAGAAGGUUGCUAAGGAAGUGUGGGAUUUGUACUUAUUCGAUAAGACUAAGAUUAUGAGUGCGAUAAGUGAUCAAAGAGUGUUUAGCAUUACGGUUGAUAAUGCUAGUGCAAAUGAUGGGGUGGUGGAGUAUAUGGCCAAGAGGAUGGGUUUGAAGAAGCUUUCUAGCUCAAUUGAAGGGAUUAGAAAUUGUGUGAAAUACAUACAUUCUUCACCAUCAAGGAUAGCAGACGAGAAUGCUCCAUUUGUUGCUUACUUUAAUGAGCUUGAGAGGGAUGGAAAAAAAAACCUUGUGAAGAGAGUUGGGCCCCCAACCGAGUCGGAUUGGGAGAAUGCACAAGCCUUUCUCAAGUGGGAUAAGUAUUGGGGUAGCUUUGAGGGUGUCAACAAACUUGUGUUUAUAGGGAAUGUGUUAGACCCUAAAUGGAAGCUUGCCUUGCUCAAGAUUAGCUUUCGCAAUCUUGGAGCUGAACAUUCAAAGGAUGAAACUAUUGGGGAUGAAGUCAAAAGUGCAUUGCUUACUUUGUAUAAUGAGUAUAAAGGGGUUGGUAACUUAGGUCCUCUACAAACACUAGAUGAGGGGGAUAAGGAAGGUUUGGAAGAUGAGCUUGAUGGUGAUGAUGCUCAUUCUCAAAUGUUGAGGGAGAUGUUGCUUCAAAGGAAGGAGGAACAACAAAUGGAGAUCUCUAAUGAAGUUCAUAAAUACUUUGCCGAUAAAUUUGAAAACCCAAGGAACAAAAACUUUAACCUUUUGGAUUGGUGGAAAGGGAAUCAAUCAAGAUAUCCAAUCCUUUUCAAGGUUGCCAAUGACGUAUUUGCAAUCCCUUCCUCUACGGCUGCUAGUGAGAAUGCCUGUAGCCUAGGCAAAAAGAUUGUGGAUCCUUUUAGAAGCUCAUUGACUCCAAAAAUGGUAGAGGCAUUAGUGUGUACUCAUGAUUGGCUUAGGGUAGACGAAUUUAACUUAUACAAGGAACCAACGAAUGAGGAAAUUGCUUUUUAUAAGGAACUUGAAAAAAUUCAAGCAAUGGCCACUAAGGGUCAAGGUGGUAAUGCUCAAGUUUCAACUUCAACAAUCAUUUUGCCUCCUCCAACUCCAUCACAUUUGUAA